AUGUCGAUGCCAAUGCCCGGCCCCAUGCAGAUGGGCCCCAACGGGCAGCCCAUGCCGUCGCCCGAGCAGAUCGCCGCUAUGCGCAGACAGAUUGAGGCCGACGCUCAAAAGGCUGGCAUGUCUGUCCCGGAUUUCCUGAACAAAUUGCGUCAGGAAGCAAUGAUGAGGGCUCAAGCUCAGGCAGAGUUUCAGCGACAACAGCAAGCCCAACAAGGCGGCGAAGGUGGUGAGGGCGAGGGGCAUGCUCACAGCCACGAUCACGACCACGAUCACGACCAUGAUCACGACCACCAUGGACAUGAUCACCACGGCCAUAGCCAUGGGCCCCCUCAGCAGCAGGGUGUUGCUAGACCAAUCCAACCUGGUCCUCCUAACCCGACUUCCCUCAAGCUUGCUGCCUUCCUCCGUAGCCAGGAUCUGAAGCCCCGAACCUGUAUUCUGAAUGGCGAAAGAAAGGAUAUGUUCAGAGUCAAACGCGCCCUCCGUGCCCUCCAGUCCCCCGCCUACGAGAAGUUGCGAGCAAAGAACCCCGACCUUCCUGAAAUCACCGAUCGUGCUUCUCUUGAGAACGCUUUCAAACUGCUACCCAUGUCCAUGCUGGCCCUGCGUGUAGUGAAGAGCGACCCCCACGAGGGACAUGACCACGGCCCGAAGAAGACAAAGCGUGUCAAGGGUCUUUGGACUGUCCGCAUUGAGCCUCAGCAAGAGGCCCAGGAUGACAUGUACUAUGUCUGGUUCUACGAGGGUAGCCAGGUUAAGCGCAAGCUUUACUCGAUCCUCGCCCUCGUCCUGAUCUUUAUCGUCGUCUGUUAUCCUCUUUGGCCACUCAAGCUGCGUCUCGGUGUUUACUACCUCAGUUGGGGAUUCCUUGGACUGCUGGGAUUGUUCUUCCUCAUGGCUAUCUUCCGUGUUAUUCUCUUCUGUGUCACCUAUUUUGUCGCAUCACCCGGUCUCUGGCUCUUCCCCAACCUCUGGGAGGAUGUGUCCUUCGUUGACAGUUUCAAGCCUGUCUGGGCCUGGCACGACACUGCUCCUAAGAAGGGCAAGAAGAAGAAGUCGUCUUCUGGGGCUGCCAGCGCUGGUGGUACCUUUGCGGCUUCCACUGGCCAACCGGCCCCUGCUUCUGCGAUGACUACUGCGACCGAGACUCAGAUCGCUUCUCAGCCUUCGCAGCGCCCUGGCUAUGUUGCACCGGCUGUGGAGGAGUUGGCUGACGACGAAUAG